AUGGCUCGUUCCCUCGCUAACGUUAAGAUCGUAUCUGCUUUCGUCUCUCAAGAACUCUCCAAUGCAAUCUUCCGACGUGGUUAUGCGGCCACGGCGGCGCAAUCGAGCGUUUCGAGCGGUGGGAAAAGUGGAUCCGUUGUUUCGGCGGCGAUGAAGAAGAAGGUAGUGGAAGAAUCGACCCAGAAGACUUCGUGGGUUCCUGAUCCCAAAACCGGUUAUUACAGACCCGAAACCGUUUCCAACGAGAUUGACCCAGCUCAGCUACGAGCAGCUCUCUUGAACAACAAGCAGUGA